UCUAAGGGGAUCACAAACUUUCAAGCACCACUGUAUAUGCAUGGCCUUGUAUAGAUGCUAGAGAUGGUACUGCAUUACGAAAAUAUGUAGACUUCCUGCAUAGUUGUGAAUGUGCCAUGUCCCAAAACAUUAAUUUGCAUACUCUCGAUGAUCCAGUAGAGAACCAAAAGCUUGUUCUCAAGUUGCCUGAGUAUUUGUGUCAGAGAUGGAACAGAAAGGCUACACUUUAUCAACUAGAAUAUGGAAGAUUUCCAAAUUUCAGCUAUUUUGUAACAUUCCUGUCCAUGGAGGCUAGUAUUGCAUGUAAUCCAGUAACUUCUUACCACGCUUUAUGGGCAAGUGAACCAGAGAAGUCUAAAACAAAGAGUCAAGGUUCUGUUGCCUCUAGAACUCAGACUUUUGAUGCCAAAAGCUUUAGUACAAAUAUAAAUGACAAUUGGGUUACUUGCAUAUUUUGUAAGGAAACAGCACAUAGCCUCCAGAAGUGUCACAAAUUUCUUGAGCAACCUGUUACUGAAAGAGUCAAAUUUGUUCAACAUGAGCAUUUGUGUUUUGGCUGUUUGAACCCAGGCCAUCAGUCGAGAAGUUGUAAGAGGCGGUUGAUUUGUGAUUACUGUUCCAGACGUCAUCCCUCUUGCUUACAUGAAGACCGCUUAGAUCAGGAAUCCAAACAGAUGCAAGCAGGCUGUCAAGAAGGUUCUGCAUCACAAACCAUCACAGCAGAAACUACUUCCAAUAGGAUUUUAGAGAAUGGUAGCAGCUCGCAAACGUCAGCAAUAGUCCCAGUUAUUGUGUCAAAUAACUGGGGGAAGGAAAUUCUCGUUUAUGCCCUGUUGGAUUCACAGAGUGAUUCCUCUUUUAUUCUGCAUCAUGUGGCAGAUGCCUUGGAUAUGACCAGAGAGCCUAUAAAGCUGAAGCCAUCAACCAUGUCCUCAAGGGAAACAAUUGUGUCAUGUCAAAGGCUUAAGGACUUACAAAUAAGAGGGCUGAAUUCCAUCAAGAAAAUUACAGUGCCAACAGUGUAUACUUGUGAAUUUAUCCCUGCUAAUAGGUCACACAUUCCUACUCCUGAAAUUGCAAAGGCAUGGCCACAUCUAGAGCAUCUUGUAGAGCAUAUUGCUCCACAAAAUCAAUGUGAAAUCGGCUUGCUGAUAGGAUACAAUUGCCCACAGGCUCUAAUGCCCAGAGAGGAUAUCUGUGGGAAGGAAAAUGAACCAUUUGCACAGAGGACUGACUUGGGCUGGAGCAUUGUGAGCUAUGGUGACCCAGGUGAACAGUAUAGUGAUGUAUUUGGUGUAAGUCAUCACAUUAUUGUAAAGCAGGUCAUUCCUCAGCAUACGGUGUUGGGUCAGCUCAAAGGUGAGGUCCAUUAUGUGUUUAGGACCAAGAUUAAAGAAACAAUUGCUCCAGAUGAUGUCGGAGAUGAUAAGGUGGGAGAAGUCAGUGGAAGUGAUCCAGAACUUAAAGCUGUCCAGGUGUUCAGCACCAAGGCAAGGGAAGAAAGGACAUUGUUGGAUCGACUGACAAAGUUCUCUGAUUGGAAGAGGGCCGUUAAGGCCGUUGCAUGUCUUAAGCAUUACGUGAAGCAUUUUAGUAGCCGUAAGUCCAACUAUAGUUAUGCCAUAAGCAUUGAAGAAAGACAAGAAGCAGAGUUAUUUAUAAUUAAAUUGGUUCAACACGAUGUAUUCAGUUCUGAAAUGGAAAGUAUACAAAGGGCCGGCGAAGUAAGAUCUAAAGACCAAGCCAAUAAGCUGCACCGAUUGAGCCCAUUCAUAGAUGAACAUGGAGUCCUUAGAGUUGGUGGACAAUUGAUAAGAUCUACUCUUCACCUUCAUGUUAAGCACCCUGCCAUCAUCCCAAAGGCAAGCCAUGUGUCCUCCCUGUUUAUCAAGUACUACCAUGAAAAGAUACAUCAUCAAGGGAGAGGAAUAACUGUAAAUGAAUUGCGUGCCAAUGGUGUCUGGGUCAUAGGAUGCAGCAGUGCAGUUGCAGCUCAUAUUUUCAAGUGUACAACCUGUAGAAAGUAUAGAAGCUGUACACAGAAACCAAAAAUGGCAGAUUUGCCAAUUGAGGUAUUUCACCUGAUGUCACAGGGUCACGUGACACCCCGGUGUCCGCCAUUUUGAACGUCAAGCUACAUACUAAUGCUGCAGACAGAGAGGGAGCACCAGCUUGAAAAAAAAAUGUUACAGACACCUAGAAUAGAUUAAUUUGUCAGUAAGCACUCUAUAAAUAACCAUGGUGUUUGCUUGUUGUGCUGUGGGCUGCCACAACAGACAGGGACAGCAUGCAGGACGCUCCUUUUACCGGUUUCUAGUGAUGGGAAUUUCGGCUCUUUUUCGGGAGCCAGCUCUUUUGGCUCUUCUUACUAUAAGGAGCCGGCUCUUUCGGCUCCCAAACGGCUCCUGAGAUUUUAUUUUUUAUUUAAUUGCUGCAAUUAACUAGUUAAUUAAUUACCUUAUUAUUUAUAUUUUAUCAAUAGGAUGUUUUCCAUUUUAUUUUUUAGUUUUUGUAGCCAUUGUAAAGCUUUGUAAAGUAUAGCAGUGUAACAAUGUUCUAGCUAUAGAAAUAAAACUUACUUACCAAUUAAUAAAUUAUUUUCGCACAAACAAUGCAAAACUGUGUUAUAUUACCAAUAUAAAAUACACAGCUGAUUUUCCCCUCCUCAGGUGCCUCACAGACUCCUCUCCCCUGCGCUCCACAGCUUUAAGCAUUACACCAAUUUUCGUAUUUUCGCAGCUGUGAAUGACAUCAACCCCCCCAACCAAAAAAAGUAGGCGUACACCAUGCUACUCUUUUUCCUUUGAAUGGUAAUAGACAGCAAAGACGCAAUCGGACAGCAACUUUUUUUGUGAAAGUCUCUCUCUGAGGCACCUAAGGACAAAAAACUAAUUCGGCUCCCCAACUUGGCUCCCACCGAAGAGCCGGCUCUCGUCGUUCACUUCAAAGAGCCGGCUCUUUGAACCGGAUCGUUCGCGACCGACACAUCACUACCGGUUUCCUACGGACCCAGACAAGAGGGCCAAAUGGAUUGCAGCUGUGAAGAGACAGGAUUGGGAGCCAACAGAGUACUCCAGACUUUGCAGUGAUCAUUUCAUUUCAGGUUAUUUUAUCAGUUAACGCAAUUUUGAUAAAAUAUAUAGCAAAAAGUAAAUGGGUCAGUGUUUGUUAACCCAUCUGAGCAGUGAAACAAGGCAGUGUUAAUUUGUCUAGGGUUGCAUGUAGCAGACAUCAGACAUAAAACGCAAUAACAGAGGCUAGAAAGAAACGGGACACAGAAAUAAAUAAACAGGGCUCCAUACCAAGGCUGGGUACAGUGUUUGUGAUAAAAGACAGAUCCAAUUUAACACGAAUCACAGCUUACUUUCUUGUUAAAAUGUGCAAAGGUCUCCACCAUCUCAUACCGCCUUGCACUGAAGGACUUAAGCAUGCCGUCCAAAAUGGCUGCGUCACGUGACUUGGUCACGUGGGUGAAAUACCUCAAUAUUGAAAGAAUGGAAACAACAGCUCCAUUCACUUAUUCUGGUCUAGACUGUUUUGUUCUAUUUUAUGUGAAGGAAUUAAGGAAGGAGCUGAAGAAAUAUGGCCUUCUUUUCACAUGUAUGUGUUCUAGAGCUGUACUUAUUGAAAUGCUGGAUGAUCUAACUUCAGAUGCCUUUAUUAAUGCACUCCUUGCAUUCAUUGCAAUACGUGGGAACGUGCGACAGUUGAGAUGUGACCAAGGUACUAAUGUAGGUUUAAGUUAAAUCAUUAAAUGAUUUGGUGGGAGUUUAGCUGCUUAUAUAUCUGGGGUUGUGUGUUAUUUUUUCUUUUGAUUUAUUUCAUAUUUGAUAUUUGUAUUUUAUAUUUGUGAUGAAAUAUGUACUGGCUGUCAUGUUAUUUGUAUUUGAUGUGAAUGGGAUGUGACGUUGCAUGGGUUGGGUUUUACACGGACCCUUUUUAUUGUUGCACACUUACUCUGAAGUGGACAAAGCCAGUAGCUGACUAGCGGCUAUGCCGGUAUGCCGCGUAGUCUAAAGUUUGUUUUAUCUUGUUGUAUGCCUGAAAGUCUUACUCAUUUCCCUCUGAGUGAUAUGCAGCCAGCGAGGACUGGUGGCUCAGGGAUCACUCACUCGGGGGGAGUCAUGGCCUAAUUGGUAGUGAACCAGCUUUGGGACUAAAACAUUGCCGGUUCAAUUUUCUGGACCAGCAGGAAUGGCUGACAUGCCCUUAAGCAAGUUAUAACAUAU